AUUGCCAGGAGUUGCCAUUACGGCCGUGAGGAUUAAGCGAAGAAGACCACCAACUGUCAGCUUUUCGCUAUGUCGUCAGAUAAACAUCCAACAUAUGCAUAUGAAGACAUUUCCAAAUCCUGAAAAAAUAUUGAGCCCAGCAGUUCUCCAUGGCUCAUCCUGGACUAGAACGGGCACAUGAAGACCCAUUUGAGAAACUCACAGGGGGUUCGCUUAGCCUCUCUGAUCGUGAUAUCAGAGACUACAAAGAGACUGAUCCUUUGCUACGCAGCAGCCGUUCGCACAGACUGCACUUGGAUAAUGACUCGGACGGGCACAACUCCCAUCCUCAUGGAAUGCCCAAUGAGUCCGUCCGUGUCAUGCUGCUCCAGAUCCUGGUGCCCUUCCUGCUUGCAGGGAUUGGGACUGUGUCAGCUGGAAUGUUGCUGGAUGUGAUUCAGUACUGGGAUGUGUUUGUGAACAUCACAGAGAUCUUCAUUCUGGUGCCUCCUCUUCUCGGUCUAAAAGGAAACCUGGAGAUGACUUUGGCCUCGAGGCUGUCCACGGCUGUUAAUGUUGGAAAGAUAAAAAAUCCAACAGAAAAGCGUAACCUGAUCAUUGGAAAUCUGGCACUCAAGCAAGUGCAGGCCACGGUGCUGGGCCUUCUGGCCGCUCUCGCUGCCUGUGGCCUGGGCUGGGCUCUGACCGAGGAGCUGACUCUGAGCCAUGCAGCAGUCCUGUGCUGCUCCAGUGUGGUGACAGCCUUCACUGCCUCCCUCUUACAGGGCAUCCUCAUGGUCGGAGUCAUUCUUGGGGCCAAGAAGAUGGGCAUCAACCCUGACAAUGUCGCCACACCAAUUGCAGCAAGCUUUGGAGACCUGCUCACCCUAACGAUCUUAGCAUUUGUUGGUCAAGGGCUGUAUGACUGCAUUGACACGCACCCCUAUGUUUCCUAUCUACUUUGUGUAACGUUGCUGUGCCUGACCCCGGUGUGGGUGGUAGCAUCUUUCCAACACCCAGAGAGUCGAAAACUGCUUUACACUGGCUGGGAACCUGUCAUCACGGCUAUGUUUAUCAGCAGCAUGGGUGGACUUAUUCUGGAUAAAACAGUGUCAAACCCCAACCUUGAGGGAAUAGUGGUGUACAGCCCUGUCAUCAAUGGUAAUGUUGAGGCCUUAUGGUUCAAGCCCAGGGCUGGGGUGCACUCCUUCUGA